CCAAGGUCACACCUGUCAAAGCUACGUCACACCCGUUAGCACUACAUUACACCCGUUAGCACUACAUUACACCCGAUAGCACUAACUCACACCCGUUAGCACUACAUUACACCUGUUAGCACUACAUGACACCCAUUAGCACUACAUUACACCCGUUAGCACUACAUUACACCUGUUAGCACUAACUCACACCCGUUAGCACUACAUUACACCUGUUAGCACUAACUCACACCCGUUAGCACUACAUUACACCUGUUAGCACUACAUUACACCUGUUAGCACUACAUGACACCCAUUAGCACUACAUUACACCCGUUAGCACUACAUUACACCUGUUAGCACUACAUUACACCUGUUAGCACUACAUGACACCCAUUAGCACUACAUUACACCCGUUAGCACUACAUUACACCUGUUAGCACUACAUUACACCUGUUAGCACUACAUGACACCCAUUAGCACUACAUUACACCCGUUAGCACUACAUUACACCUGUUAGCACUACAUUACACCUGUUAGCACUACAUGACACCCAUUAGCACUACAUUACACCCGUUAGCACUACAUUACACCUGUUAGCACUACAUUACACCUGUUAGCACUACAUGACACCCAUUAGCACUACAUUACACCCGUUAGCACUACAUUACACCUGUUAGCACUACAUUACACCUGUUACCACUAACUCACACCCGUUAGCACUACAUUACACCUGUUAGCACUAACUCACACCCGUUAGCACUACAUUACACCUGUUAGCACUAACUCACACCCGUUAGCACUACAUUACACCCGUUAGCACUAACUCACACCCGUUAGCACUACAUUACACCUGUUAGCACUAACUCACACCCGUUAGCACUACAUUACACCCGUUAGCACUACAUUACACCUGUUAGCACUACAUUACACCCGUUAGCACUAACUCACACCCGUUAGCACUACAUGACACCCGUUAGCACUACAUGACACAUGUUAGCACUAACUCACACCUGUUAGCACUACAUGACACCUGUUAGCACUAACUCACAUCCGUUAGCACUACAUGACACCCGUUAGCACUAACUCACACCUGUUAGAAACAAAUAUCUGGGCUCAUUACACAACGACAUUUGAAUGUGUCGUGAUGUUUACACACGUCUGUUUCUGCUCUUAGGGGUCCAGACACAAACAUUGCUCUCAUAAUAAUCUCCUCAGGUUGAAGAGUGCUUUGAUCUCAUUGGCUGAGAGCAGCUGUGUGUUGACCCAGUGCAGAUAAGCAGCCAUUAGCUCACAUGUCAUCAAACAGGGAGAUUAAAUGACUUCAUGUUCAACACAAAGCAAAUAUCACCUAUUUUCAGUCUCACAACAAUAAGGCUAAUGUUCUUGAACAUUGACCUGUACCUGGUGACCUUCAGCGGCGCCUGGUACUCAGGCCUUCACAGGUAGACAGCUAUCUGAGGAGAACCACUGAGGAGAUGAGGCUCCAUUCAGUGGAUUGAGUUCAGGCCUUCAUCCUGUCAGCCCACUCACUCCAACAGAGGACUAACUUUAGUCCAGGUCUCACGACAACAGAGGACUCCUGGUCUAACAUUCGUCCAGGUCUCACGACAACAGAGGACUCCUGGUCUAACAUUAGUCCAGGUCUCACGACAACAGAAGACUCCUGGUCUAACUUUAGUCCAGGUGUCACGACAACAGAGGACUCCUGGUCUAACUUUAGUCCAGGUGUCACGACAACAGAGGACUCCUGGUCUAACAUUAGUCCAGGUCUCACGACAACAGAAGACUCCUGGUCUAACUUUAGUCCAGGUCUCACGACAACAGAGGACUCCUGGUCUAACUUUAGUCCAGGUGUCACGACAACAGAGGACUCCUGGUCUAACUUUUGUCCAGGUCUCAUGACAACAGAGGACUCCUGGUCUAACAUUCGUCCAGGUCUCACGACAACAGAAGACUCCUGGUCUAACUUUAGUCCAGGUGUCACGACAACAGAGGACUCCUGGUCUAACUUUAGUCAAGGUCUCACGACAACAGAGGACUAACUUUAGUCCAGGUCUCACGACAACAGAGGACUCCUGGUAUAACUUUAGACCAGGUCUCAUGACAACAGAGGACUCCUGGUCUAACUUUAGUCCAGGUGUCACGACAACAGAGGACUCCUGGUCUAACUUUAGUCAAGGUCUCACGACAACAGAGGACUAACUUUAGUCCAGGUCUCACGACAACAGAGGACUCCUGGUAUAACUUUAGACCAGGUCUCAUGACAACAGAGGACUCCUGGUCUAACUUUAGUCCAGGUCUCACAACAACAGAGGACUCCUGGUCUAACUUUAGUCCAGGUCUCAUGACAACAGAAGACUCCUGGGCUAACUUUAGUCCAGGUUUCAUGACAACAGAGGACUCCUGGUCUAACUUUAUUCCAGGUCUCACGACAACAGAGGACUCCUGGUCUAACUUUAGUCCAGGUCUCAUGACAACAGAGGACUCCUGAUCUAACUUUAGUCCAGGUCUCAUGACAACAGAAGACUCCUGGUCUAACUUUAGUCCAGGUCUCAUGACAACAGAGGACUCCUGGUCUAACUUUAGUCAAGGUCUCAUGACAACAGAAGACUCCUGGUCUAACUUUAGUCCAGGUCUCAUGACAACAGAGGACUCCUGGUCUAACUUUAGUCCAGGUCUCAUGACAACAGAGGACUCCUGGUCUAACUUUAGUCCAGGUCUCACGACAGAGGACUCCUGGUCUAACUUUAGUCCAGGUUUCAAUAUACCAGAGGACUCCUGGUCUAACUUUAGUCCAGGUCUCAAUAUACCAGAGGACUCCUGGUCUAACUUUAGUCCAGGUCUCAAUAUAACAGAGGACUCCUGGUCUAACUUUAGUCCAGGUCUCACGACAACAGAGGACUCCUGGUCUAACUUUAGUCCAGGUCUCACGACAACAGAGGACUCCUGGUCUAACUUUAGUCCAGGUCUCACGACAACAGAAGACUCCUGGUCUAACUUUAGUCCAGGUCUCACGACAACAGAGGACUCCUGGUCUAACAUUAGUCCAGGUCUCACGACAACAGAAGACUCCUGGUCUAACUUUAGUCCAGGUCUCAUGACAACAGAGGACUCCUGGUCUAACUUUAGUCCAGGUGUCACGACAACAGAGGACUCCUGGUCUAACUUUAGUCCAGGUCUCAUGACAACAGAGGACUCCUGGUCUAACUUUAGUCCAGGUCUCACGACAACAGAGGACUCCUGGUCUAACUUUAGUCCAGGUCUCAUGACAACAGAGGACUCCUGGUCUAACUUUAGUCCAGGUGUCACGACAACAGAGGACUCCUGGUCUAACAUUCGUCCAGGUCUCACGACAACAGAAGACUCCUGGUCUAACUUUAGUCCAGGUGUCACGACAACAGAGGACUCCUGGUCUAACUUUAGUCAAGGUCUCACGACAACAGAGGACUAACUUUAGUCCAGGUCUCACGACAACAGAGGACUCCUGGUAUAACUUUAGACCAGGUCUCAUGACAACAGAGGACUCCUGGUCUAACUUUAGUCCAGGUCUCACGACAACAGAGGACUCCUGGUCUAACUUUAGUCCAGGUCUCAUGACAACAGAAGACUCCUGGGCUAACUUUAGUCCAGGUGUCACGACAACAGAGGACUCCUGGUCUAACUUUAGUCAAGGUCUCACGACAACAGAAGACUCCUGGUCUAACAUUCGUCCAGGUCUCACGACAACAGAAGACUCCUGGUCUAACUUUAGUCCAGGUGUCACGACAACAGAGGACUCCUGGUCUAACUUUAGUCAAGGUCUCACGACAACAGAGGACUAACUUUAGUCCAGGUCUCACGACAACAGAGGACUCCUGGUAUAACUUUAGACCAGGUCUCAUGACAACAGAGGACUCCUGGUCUAACUUUAGUCCAGGUGUCACGACAACAGAGGACUCCUGGUCUAACUUUAGUCAAGGUCUCACGACAACAGAGGACUAACUUUAGUCCAGGUCUCACGACAACAGAGGACUCCUGGUAUAACUUUAGACCAGGUCUCAUGACAACAGAGGACUCCUGGUCUAACUUUAGUCCAGGUCUCACGACAACAGAGGACUCCUGGUCUAACUUUAGUCCAGGUCUCAUGACAACAGAAGACUCCUGGUAUAACUUUAGACCAGGUCUCAUGACAACAGAGGACUCCUGGUAUAACUUUAGACCAGGUCUCAUGACAACAGAGGACUCCUGGUCUAACUUUAGUCCAGGUGUCACGACAACAGAGGACUCCUGGUCUAACUUUAGUCAAGGUCUCACGACAACAGAGGACUAACUUUAGUCCAGGUCUCACGACAACAGAGGACUCCUGGUAUAACUUUAGACCAGGUCUCAUGACAACAGAGGACUCCUGGUCUAACUUUAGUCCAGGUGUCACGACAACAGAGGACUCCUGGUCUAACUUUAGUCAAGGUCUCACGACAACAGAGGACUAACUUUAGUCCAGGUCUCACGACAACAGAGGACUCCUGGUAUAACUUUAGACCAGGUCUCAUGACAACAGAGGACUCCUGGUCUAACUUUAGUCCAGGUCUCACGACAACAGAGGACUCCUGGUCUAACUUUAGUCCAGGUCUCAUGACAACAGAAGACUCCUGGUAUAACUUUAGACCAGGUCUCAUGACAACAGAGGACUCCUGGUAUAACUUUAGACCAGGUCUCAUGACAACAGAGGACUCCUGGUCUAACU